CCAACUCUUACACAAUUCCACGCAAAGAUCCUUCACCUUUUACAGAGUACCAUGACUCCAAAAAUUGUCUUAAUUGUCGGGGCUUCGCGAGGAAUUGGGCGCGAGCUCGUAAGACAAUUGAGCGCGGAUUCCAACCUGCAAAUUAUCGCCACCGUUCGCCAACAAACCGACUUUGGUGCUACCAACAUUUCAUACCUCGUCCUCGAUCAAAGUGUCCCGUCCUCCAUCACCCAAGCUGCAUCUCAAGUCCCGGAGAUCGACACCCUCAUUAUCAAUGGUGCUUUCGGCGAGGAAGACCAGCUCCUCACAUGUCCGGACGAGAAGUUUGACAAAUAUCUCGACGUUAAUGUGAAAGGUCCUCUUCGAAUCGUUAAGGCUUUUCUUCCCGCUCUCCUAGCUCGCGAAACAAGACAGAUUGUCUUGACAUCCUCUCUUUGCGGAUCACUACAAAAGCAGAGUGAAUUUGAUCACGGGUCUCUUGGUCCUUAUUCUCUGACCAAGGCUGCUGGCAACAUGAUGAUGAUCCAGCUUCACCAUGAGCUGCGCCAAGAGAAGUUCACCUUGCUCUCAUUCCACCCAGGCUGGGUUGCAACUGAUAUGGGUGGCUCAGGGGGUAUGCCUGUUGAGACCUCUGUUGCUGGAUACGUCAAGGUACUCAAGGAACUCAAGCUGAAAGAUCACCCCCAAUUUAUUGCUUGGGAUGGAACGAUUGUCCCAUGGUAA